CAUUUUUUUCUUGUUUUCUCUCAAAAGAAGAUUGAAGAAUUUGCACCUUUUUUUCAUUCUUGUUCAAUGGCUUUGAUGCUUGAUAAUUGUGAAGGCAUAUUACUAUCAUUAGACUCACACAAAUCAGUUCCAGCUCCAUUCUUAACAAAAACAUAUCAACUUGUUGAUGAUCCAUCUACCGACCAUAUUGUUUCUUGGGGUGAAGAUGACUCUACUUUUGUUGUUUGGCGUCCACCUGAAUUUGCUCGAGACUUACUCCCUAAUUACUUCAAACACAACAAUUUCUCUAGCUUCGUCCGUCAACUCAAUACCUAUGGUUUUAGAAAAAUCGUACCGGAUAGAUGGGAGUUUGCUAAUGAGUUCUUCAAAAGAGGAGAAAAACAUUUGUUGUGUGAAAUCCAUCGGAGAAAAACCGCUCAGCCACAAAGUGUACCAAUGAAUCAUCACCAUUCAUAUCAUCAAAUGAAUAUGAGUACCGGUCCGGGUUAUUUUCCGAAUUACCCGAGUAAUUAUAACCGGUUGAGUGUUUCUCCGCCCGAUUCGGACGAACAAUUAUUUCAACAACAACCACAACAAAGUAUCAAUUGGUGCGAUUCGCCCUCUUCCAACAAUAAUGCGAGCAACAACACCAACACCAACACCAACACCUUAACCGUGUUGUCUGAGGACAACGAUCGGUUGCGUAGGAGCAACAAUAUGUUAAUGUCCGAACUUGCACACAUGAGAAAACUUUACAACGACAUUAUUUAUUUCGUCCAAAAUCAUGUCAAACCUGUUACACCUAGCAGUUCGUACAAUGUUUGUUCACUUUUACCUGCUUCUGCUACGCCUAUAUUCCAAAAACAUAUGAAUAUUCAUCAUCAGUUUGGAUAUCAACAAAUUACAAACCCUAAAAAUGUUCUUAUCUCCAACAACAACAACGUCGUGUCACCAAGUAAGACAUCACAAAGUAGCAGUGUGACAAUUCUUGAUGAAGCAGCAGCUGCAGGAGCUAAUGGAAAUGGAGGUGAUAUAAGAAGCACAAAAUUAUUUGGUGUUCCACUUAUGUCCAAGAAAAGAGUGCACCCUGAAUAUUCUUCUUCUUAUAAUUCUACGACGAAUAUGGUGGAGACGAAUAAGGCUAGAUUAAUGGUCUUGGAAAAAAAUGAUUUAGGAUUAAAUCUCAUGCCUCCUUCUUCAUCUUAGGCUUUAUUAUUAUUGUUGUUAUUAUUAUUAUUAUUCAUCCACACUACCUUAUUAUUAUUCAAGAAAGUUCCAAGUUUUUGUUUCUCUA